CCCGGCCCGGUUAAGAGGAGCGUGGCGGGCCGCGGCCGCCGAGGGCCCCGGAGCGAGCGGACCGGCCACCGACCCAGCGAGAUCCAGCGGCCUCGGGUGGACGGAGCAGCGCCGGGGCGCACGCUUGGCACCAUGACCCAGAUGCCCGCCUUCGACAAGCCCAAAGUGGAACUCCACGUCCACCUGGAUGGAGCCAUCAAGCCUGAAACCAUCUUGUUCUAUGGCAGGAAAAGAGGCAUCCCGCUGCCGGCCGACACGGUGGAGGAGCUGCAGAAAGUCAUCGGCAUGGACCAGCCACUCUCGCUCCCUGGCUUCCUGGCCAAGUUUGACUACUACAUGCCUGCCAUCGCGGGCUCGCGGGAGGCCAUCAAAAGGAUCGCCUACGAGUUUGUAGAGAUGAAGGCCAAGGAGAAGGUGGUAUACGUGGAGGUGCGCUACAGCCCGCACCUGCUGGCCAACUCCAAGGUGCAGCCGAUCCCCUGGAACCAGGCCGAAGGGGACCUCACUCCGGACGAGGUGGUGGCGCUGGUGAACCAGGGCCUGCAGGAGGGGGAGCGAGACUUCGGGGUCAAGGUCCGGUCCAUCCUGUGCUGCAUGCGCCACCAGCCCACCUGGUCCCCGGAGGUGGUGGAGCUGUGUAAGAAGUACCGGCAGCAGACCGUGGUGGCCAUCGACCUGGCAGGGGAUGAGACCAUCACGGACAGCAGCCUCUUCCCAGGACACGUGCAGGCCUACGAGGAGGCCGUGAGGAGUGGUGUCCACCGCACUGUCCACGCCGGGGAGGUGGGCAAACCCGAGGUGGUGCAGCAGGCCGUGGACGUCCUCAAGACAGAGAGGCUGGGCCAUGGCUACCACACCCUGGAGGACGAGGCUCUUUACAGCAGGCUGCUGCAGCAAAACAUGCACUUCGAGGUCUGCCCCUGGUCCAGCUACCUCACUGGUGCCUGGACGCCGGACACGGAGCACGCGGUGGUCCGGUUCAAGAAGGACCAGGCGAACUACUCACUCAACACAGAUGACCCGCUCAUCUUCAAGUCCACCCUGGACACAGAUUACCAGAUGACCAAACGGGACAUGGGCUUUACUGAGGAGGAGUUCCAGAGGCUGAACAUCAACGCGGCCAAGUCCAGCUUCCUUCCCGAAGAUGAGAAGCAGGAGCUUCUUGACCAGCUCUACAAAGCCUAUGGGCUGCCCCCGCCGGCCUCUGCGGGACAAGCAGGGCAGGACCCCUGAAGAGGCCACGGCACCUCUAUGAGCUCCCGCCCUGGGGGUGGGGUCUUCAGCAGCGACCCCGCCUCAUUCCUUCCAGGAAGUCUGAGUUCAAGGGCCGCUGCCAAGGCUCCGGAUGCCAGUGCCCGCUUCGUGCACACACAUACCUCGGCGUGGCUGCAUCUCUCCUUGGAUCGUCCUGGGCUGGGGACCAGGGCUCUUGCCAGUGGCGGGGAUGGAAGCGCUGCCCAAGGCAACUCAAGCUGACACCUGGUACUCAAUAAAGGGGCCGGUGGCUGGUGUCA